UACAGUCAAGGGUCCUUGGCGGGAUCAUACCUUGUACCUAGCUAGCUAGCUGUACGUACGUACAGAAUGGACACCUCUACAGAGUCUGCUGACAGCGUUGGUCAAGGCACCCCAAGUACCAACAGUGUGCAGGAAACACCCUCCACUGAAGGCACACAAAGGAGAUGGAAUCUUCGUGAGAGGAAGUCAGUGGGAGCAAGUGCUCCGGAAAGUGAUACUGAGAGUCCAAUGGACACCAGUACCCAGUCGGAGGAGUCACCUGUUCAGCCUAAGGCCACAACCCCACGGGGUCCUAAAAGGGGAGGUCGAAAAUUGCAGAUCACACCUGCCAAGCGCAAGGCAGUGACAGCCAAGGCUACCACUUCUGGGAAAGGUUCUCCGCUAAUUAACGCUGAGGCUAUGUUUACUGCCAUAUCCUCGGGAAAGAGUGCUGUAAAGAGUGUGGCCAGUGAGUGGGUCGACCGCUACGAGAGAGACGCAGAGUUGGCCAUGUUGGAACUGGUGCAGUUCCUUGUCCGCUGCUGUGGCUGUAAGGCACGAAUCACAGAGGAGAUGUUCAAUAGUGACACUACAAAGGCCACCAAGGAGCUCACCGAGAAGUUCUCUGAGAGCUCCUAUGAUUACCCUCUCACCAUGGCUGGCCCUCAACAGAAGAAGUUCAAGAACAACUUCUGCGAGUUCAUAUGGCGUGUGGUAGAACAGUGCCAGCACAGCACGUUAUACGAUGAGUACAUGUUGGCCACACUGAUAGCAUGGACAGUAGGGUUUACAGACUCUCAGGUCAGGGCCUUCAGACACACCUCCUCUCUGGCCGGCGUCAAGCUCGUCAGUGCUUUGGUCACCAUUGCCAACUCUGUCAACUCUGAUAUUGACAACACACAGCUUCAAGUGGAAGCUGAACGCAAGCGGCAGCUCUCUAAGAAGACCGAGGCUGGCCUGGCUUCCUUGGAGAUUCUGCUGUCAAAACAAACAGAGCUGAAGAAGCACAAAUUGGAGCUGGAGGACUGGAUGAAGGGGCUUUUCUCGAGUAUCUUUGUGCAUCGCUGCAGAGAUGUAAGGCCUGAGAUCAGGGCUCUGUGCAUUAAUGAGCUCGGUGUCUGGCUCAAGGAUUACAGUAUCAAAUUUCUGGCAGAUUCAUACCUCAAGUAUAUUGGUUGGAUGCUUUGCGACAAGGUAGGAGAGGUGCGGCUGGCAUGCAUCAAGGCACUGGAGGCUCUUUACGGUGACUCGGACACUGCUCCACACUUGGAACUGUUUACUGAGCGAUUCAAGGGAAGACUGAUGUCGAUGCGUCUUGACAUCGACGACAAUGUUGCCACAAGUGCCAUUGCCGUUCUGGGGCACAUGGCAGACCUGAGCAUCUUGGAUGGAGAAGAAUGUCAGGAGGUGUGCGAGCUUAUCUUUAUCGAGAAUAAAGGUAUUGCUCACGCAGCCGGACAGUUUGCUGUGAACUACCUUUUCAGUGAUGACUUCAUGCGCAAGGCCAAACUCAAAAAAGUGCCGAAAGGUCACAGGAAGCUAACUGACAGAGAAAUCAUGUUGAAUGAGCUGGUCAAGUUCUUUAUUGAGGUUAAAAUCCACGACCACUCCAAUUACUUUGUGGACAGCCUCUGGGACUACACUGAUGUGCUACAAGACUGGGAGUCCAUGACUACGCUGCUCCUUGAUGACAAGUGUGGCAUCAAACUCUCAGAAACAGAGGAGGUUGUGCUCGUAGAAAUCAUGUCCUGUGCCAUAAGGAGAGCCACUGGCACUAACCCACCAGCUGGAAGGGCCAAGGGGAGGGUCAUCUCAAACAAAGAGAAAAGAGCAAUGGAGGAUUCCAAGCAGGAGCUGAGUACACAUUUCAUGAACACUCUCCCGGAAUUAAUACAAAAGUUUGGGUCAACUGCGCCGAAUGCAACAAAUUUUGCGAAUAUUCCUCGUCAAUUUGAGCUGGAGCUGUAUGCUGAGAGUAGGCUCCAAAAGCAACUAGAGAGCCUGCUGACUCACAUGCACCAACUGAUCAUGAUGCAUCACGACCCAGACAUUCUGACUGAAUGUGCCCUCACUUUCAAAUAUCUCAUGGACCCAGAGUUCUCUCUCCAUUCCACUUCUGAACAUGCCUUCAAGGUGCUCAUGGAGGAGAUGGUUGACACUUUCAAACAACAGCUAGAAGCCGCCGAUGAGAACACACUGACUGAUGAAGAAGAUGAGGAUUGUUUCGCUAUAUCCAUCAGCACUAGAAGAUUGGCCACAUUUUACAAGCAUAUUGACAUUGGUCGGUUUGAGUUCACAGAAGAGAUGGGAAAAUUAUUGGAUGAGGGAGCAAGAAAGGGAUACUCAGAGAAGGUGCUUGAGAAUGCCAUUGUGUGUAUGACACACGAAGUCAUGUGGGAAAUGCAGGAAAUGGAAAGCUCUGGCACAUAUGAAAGGGAAACUCUUCGGAAGGUACGCUCGAUAAUGAUGCAGCUUUUCAAGAGCUGUGAGCACCUCCUCAAGUUUGCAACAGGUCCCGCCCAACGUCAGGCCUUUGUGACCUUUGCUGACCUCUUGGUAGUGUUCUCAAGGCAUUUGGCUUCCCAGGAACCUGCCCUGGCUGGUUUAGUAUAUGAACCAGAUUUCUACUUACAGGACUCAAUACAGGACUAUAUUGUCCACCAGAUCCUGAAUUCCCCGGAGGAUGAGCAAGACACAGAGCCAGACUCUGAGGAGGAGGCCCUGCUAAUGGCUGAGCGUCUUAAUGACAGGAGAGUCCAGCUGGCAGCCUUUCUCAAGUUAGGCAUGUACCACGUUAUUGACAUGGUGAAGUUGGCCCCAAUCUGGGCAGAGUACAUUAAACAAUAUCCCAACUUUGGAGACCUCAUCAAGUUCUCAUUGAAUCGCUGCCGAGAGAAGAGCCCCAUCUCCUGGUACAGGACAGUGUUCACUUGCCUGAAAAACUCCUUCUUGCAGUACAAGGACGAGAAUGGCUAUGUAGAUCAGCUGUCAGGAGAAUGGUUUGAGAUCAAAGAUCUGGCUAAGAAGUUCGCAAUGAGUAUGGGAUUCGAGCCAACGAAAGUCAGGCGACCUCUAGUUGGAAUCCACAGGGAGGGGAUACAGUUUGCUCUUACUGGGUUGGACUCUAGCCUCACUCUAGAUGAGUUGGACGAUAUGGACCCGCCCCCCAACAUUGACUUCCUGAUGGUCCUCAACGAGUUCAGUCAUCGUCUCCUGGCUCUGGAUCGUACCGGGGAAAAGGGGGUCGUCUCUUUCCUUGACCAGCAGCUUCCCGAAGGACUUAUGCUGUCUAUCAAAAACAAGAAGACGCAGGGCUGGGACUCACUUAUGUUCUAUCAUCGGCACACCUCUACUGCCCCAGUGAACAAGGGCCGGACAACUGGAGGGGCUAUAGCUGUUCUUCGCCCUGGGGCCAUCUCUCAGAGCCGGGCCAAAAAGAGAUCACUCAAGAUCUUGAAUGAGUCUACUUUGAGUGAUAUUGCUCGUCCCACGAAAAUUUCUCGCUUAGGAGACACGCCCCCCUCAAUGGAUAUGUCAGGGGGAGAGAGUGUGGGAGAGACAUCCACAUUAAGAAGGUCCAAACGAAACACCACCACUAGAGCCGAGUCUUGAACAUCUUAAACACUUCAUCUACUCAUUUAACCACCGUACACUUUGUCUAGCUUUAAUAGUCUCUAGCUGCUUACAUUGUAUCUAUGAUAUUACCAGCAAACCAUUAUUAAUAAUAAUAACCCACCAUGCAUGAUUGUAUAAUUUAUUGCCUCAUUCAAAUUUGUGUUCAUCAUUAAAUGCGUCCCUGUGACAACAUGCAACUUUGCGGUUCAAUCUA